UUUGAGUAGGCUUGGUUUACGGCGCUCUUCACGUAGUUCUCCAGUUAUGUUAAACCAAUUUUGAAGAAAGUAGAAGCAAUCAUAAUCUGCAGACGCGCACAAGCAGCUAAAUAGCAUUACUGGAAUAAGAAACGACUGCGUAAAGAUGGUGACCUAUAAACUACAAAACUUCCCGAACGUUUGUGUCCACUGUUUACGCCCAGCAACUGUUUUCCCGGACUUCCAACCCGUUCAAUUUUUUAGCCAGGAUAUGAAUACUACAGUGGAAACAGCAAGCUUAGAAUUAAUAAACAAUGACAAACUAACUGCCGAGAUGAUGUAUCCCAACCGGAACAGUAUGCUGCCGGAAAAAAUGUGUAAAUACUGUUUAACAACUAUUGUCACAUUUUAUCAACUUCGUCGGCGUAUAGAAUGUGUGAGAAGAUUCAACGUUGGUCUGGUAAAGCUCAUUCAAGGAAACCCCGUUGACCUCAUAGAGCUCUUCACAACGGACGGAGACUUUCUAGUGGCUUUGCUAAAAAAUCUGGGCAUCUGCGAUAACAACUCCGACAGCGUAACCGUGGAGAACCUCAUCGAGGAUCUUUCUUCUUUUAAACUGAUCGACAGUAGCCAGAAAGCAGAGUACACUGUCAUGGAUGUGGCGCCUGCGGAACAACCUGUUCAGGAAAUCCAACUACCCACCGCCUUUGCUUUGUCCGUGAAUGGAAUUAUUUUGAACAAUGUAAAAGUUGUAUGCAACAACACGAACCAGGUUGAGCGAAUUGCUCCAGUUGUAAAUGCUACGAAUUCUCCGAUACACAUUAUCUCCGAUUCUUCGGACGACGAAGCUGAGAAACCCAAAGAUGCCACAAUAGAAACAGCAGAACCGUUGCCGCAGAAUGGAACCGUAACAGCGGUAGAAGCGCAACCAACACAGAGUUCCGGAAGUCCUGUACGUAAACGUGGUAAACGUAUGUCCGAUGUUGUGUAUUCCUGUCAGAUCUGUAUCAGAACUUUUCGAAGUGUCAACGGUUAUACAGGUCAUAUGGAAAAAUUCCACAGAACCCCGCUCGUGCCAAAACCAUCGUCAGGCGUUUAUCCUUGCAAGCCAUGUUCAUUAACGUUCAAUACAUUGAUUGACCUCAGGAACCACUGCCACGCUACCCAUAAGGGUGGAGCGCAUGCCUGUACCAUCUGUUCUAUCCUUUUUGAUAACAAAGAUAGUCUGAAAACUCAUAUGGAAAUUGUUCAUAACACGCAAACAUAUUUUUAUUGCAAUAUCUGCGUGCAAAUAUUCGAAGAUGCAUCGGAAUUAGCAAACCACAAAAUUCUCCAUACGUCACCGGCACCGACAACGUGCGGAAAGUGUCUUGGAUCUUUUGCCAACAGUAAUGACAUGAAUAAGCACGUUUGCAUCACGUACCGGGACGAUUUCAUGUGCUGUGGAGUAGACUUCGAGGAUCAUAUCAAGUACGCCGGGCAUAUGAAGACGAAACAUAAUACCUUCACGAUGGUAAGGCCGAGAAUUCCCCCCGGUAUGCUGUACAGUAAAUUUUGUUCCCAAUUGCGCGGUGAGCGAUUCUUCUGCGGAUUCUGCGACAAAAAAUUCAGUACAGAUGAAGAAUACCAGAAGCAUAUGGUAUCACGCGAACAUUUCAUUCAUGCUUUGGUAAUAUCAUGAAUGCACAAAAGAAUGAUCGAUUCAAAACGAAAUUCACGUUCGAUUUUCGCAUGUUACUUUUUUUUGUCUUACUUCGUCCAAUUUUUCCAUGUAUCGUCAUCAUUUUGUGUUAGUGAUUGGAUUCGUACAAUGCAUGUCCACGUUGUGUACGUUUUUAUUCGUUUUAAUCUGACCACUGCAA